AUGUCAUUGGCACUCACAAGAACUAUCUGGAGAGAAACGUCAUUUGCUACAACCAGAAGAUUAUUAAACUUCAACUGUAUUCGAUCACAGCCCUUUGCCAAUUAUUUCAGAAGACCUGUCCUACAACAAAAGCUACAAUUUAGCCCUAAACCCAUUCUCUUUUUAUCUGCCAUGCCUCUUAUGACCAUUUCUGACUCAAUUAUGGAUUCUCUCACCAAGAGUGAGGUGAUUCCAACCGUUAUACAUGACAAAUCCUUUGUUCCAAAGGGCUUCCUUACUAUAAAGUAUGACACCGGUAAGGAAGUUACAAUGGGAAAUAAUAUUAAGCCUUCAGACGCUCAAUCGAAACCUCGCAUUGACUUUACUUUGAAUUUACCUAGUGAUUCAUCUUCAAGUCUUAAGAUUUCUAAAGGUGACAAAUUUACCCUUGUUUUCACUGACCCUGACGCACCCUCCAGGGGCAAUGAAACCUGGUCGGAAUAUUGCCACUGGAUACUUGUCGAUGUGAAGUUGAAUACUUUCGAUGAUACUGCUGUGAAUGCAGUCGAUACUGCAGAGAACCAAUUGACCACCGAGAACGUUGAUGGUACAGAACUUUUUUCUUACGUGGGCCCGGGCUGUCCACCGAAGACCGGUAAGCACAGAUACGUCUUCUUAUUGUAUAAGCAGAAGUCUGGUGUCGUGCCAAAGGUGCCUGAAGGCAGACGUAAUUGGGGUACGGGUGUUCCUGGUUACGGUGCUGCCGAGUAUGCCGAAAAGUGGGGAUUGACCUUGUACGGUGUCAAUUUCUUUUAUGCUCGCAAUGAGAUUCAGUAA